AUGCCUAGCGUUGUACGCCCCGAAAUUCCUCGCUACAUUGCAGCUCCCGAGACUCAAGAGAAACUGGACUACGCCGACCUCGCAAUCCUUGACUUCUCCAAAGUGGGCACCCCAGAGGGGCAGGCUGAGCUGACCGCUCAGCUACGCGAUGCGAUGACGACCCAUGGUUUCUUCUACAUCGUGAACCACGGCCUUACGCAAGCCGAGAAUCAUCGCAUGCUUGAUAUCGCCGAUGUAGCAAUCUCUGGCAUCCCCGACGAAGAGAAACGGAACUACAUGGCGAAAAUCAAAAGCGACGGGACGUACCAAGGAUACAAAUUGAGGGGAUGGUGGCAUAUCGACGGUGGUGUUCGUGACCAAAUCGAACACUACAACAUCAACCGCGAUGUUGAUCGCAUGCAGCAUCCACAGGCGGUGCGCCCUCUGCUUCCGGAGGUGAAGGAAUUCACCAGGUUCAAUCAUUGUAACGUCUUACAUCCUCUCUUACGCCUGUUCGCCCUCGGCUUGGAGCUUCCAGAGGAUACAUUUGUGAACUUGCACAAGUAUGAUGCCUUGGGAGAGUCGUAUGUUCGCUUCAUGAAAUACUUUCCGCGAUCUGCGGACGACGAAGUCAAGGCAAAGCAAGUGUGGCUGAAAGGCCACACUGACAUCGGCACCAUCACGAUUCUGUGGAGCCAGCCAGUCAUGGCGUUGCAGGUACUCAUGCCUGACGGUCAAUGGCGCUACGUGAGACACAUUGAUAAUGCUCUUAUCGUCAACUCGGGCGAUGCCAUGGAGUUCCUCUCAGGUGGCUUCUACAAGCCUACCAUCCACCGCGUCGUCCAGCCUCCUCAGGACCAGCGGGCCUACAACCGCCUCAGCAUUCUAUACUUUGCCAUGACCGAUGACGACGUGAAGCUUGUCCCCCGCGUCGAGAGCCCUGUGCUCCAGAAGUAUGGCGUUCAACGGCGCUGGGCCAACGACGCCGACGCGCCCACGAUGGAGGCCUGGCGCAAGGGCAGAACUAGUGCCGUUGGUCGGGUUGUACUCAAGAAGAAGGAGGAUGGUUCAGAGGAGAACAUCGUGAAUGGGAUCGUGGUGAGGCACUACAACUGA